UUACAUCAUCAUCUGAUGAGAGAUACUCGUGAUAGAAACCGGCUUGCAAAUUUCUCGUCAACACUUUUAUUUGGUGGCUGGUAUCAUAGAUCUGUUUUCAAGGUGUUCUUAACGAACUUCGCUGGGUUUUGGAAAACAGAAUGUCCAGUAAAAAGCAUUUAUAGGUUGUGUUGACGUUUUGCUGCACGCACCGAAAAAUAUUUACAUCGGUUUCUUGUUUACAUCUGAAAGAAAUUUUGUGCUCUUGAGCUUUUUCGCGAUCAGACCAGGCAUGGGAUUCGGACUACAGCUGAAGCUUUUGCUUUGGAAAAAUUUCACUUUGAAAAAGCGGGCUCCGUUUACUGUACUGAUUGAAGUCCUUAAGCCUCUCGUUUUAUUCCUUAUUUUGAUGGGAAUUCGUUUCCGGCGAGAUCCCGAUUUCGUUCCUGAAGAGGUAUUUCCAGUAAGAGCCCUUCCUUCAUCAGGAAUCAUCCCUCUGCUUCAGCAGUUUUGUAAUAAUAGAGAUAAAGAUGAGCAUGGCUUCCCAUUACAUCCCAAUGCAAGUAUUGGUGCUGUUCUGGAUCAUAUUGCAGAAAUUCUCUCAUCUCCUGGUCUGUCCACUGCAGAUGACUUGAAAACACUGCCUCAGGAUUAUGAAAACUUUCAGAAGAACCUCAAAAAGCUAAUUUCACAUGCUCAGAAUGUUGAUAACUUCACAGUAAGGGAAAUUCUUACUGAUCCAGAUGUAAUUCAGCAGUUGAUGCAGAACAUGUCUAUCGCACCAACAGUGGCAGAAGGGUUACUUAACACAACAGUUAAUUCAAGAGAGCUGGCAAACUUCAUCAGUACUCAUAGAAAGGAGCUUUUCAAGCAGUCACUUCAACUAUACAACAAUUCCAAGUACAGUAACAGUGGAUUCUUACCGCUCAAACCUCCUUCUGGACCAGGCCUUAUUAGUCUCCUUCUGUUCGGUACUACGAGCAAGCUUAUGAAUCCUUUUACAAUGCCAUCUGCCCGUCCAUAUGCAGCUUCUUCUGAUUCCCCUAACAUGCCACUGAAUGCUUCGUCAUGUAAUACUACUGAGCUUGAGAAAGUGUUGAUACUCAAAAGUUCCAAUCAAAAGAAAGCACUUGAACAGUUAUGUCACCUAACACCACUGCAGGCACAGCUGCUAGCUGGCUAUCUUCAGCAUCAUGUGGACCACACAGCUGUUAUGCAGAAGCUUAAUGUAACCCGUGAAGACCUGAAGGAUUACAACAAGUCAUACACAAAACUGCAAGGAGAUUUGAAGAAUUUGACCGAGUUUGUGCACUUGGUACAAGAGGGAGUGGAGCUUGCGCAGUUGUUGCGUGUCAAUCUCUCCUUCACACAUCAUCUCCAAAACAAGACCAGGUGGGAGAAGAACAAAAUUUACCUACGAGAGAUGUGGAAGAAUCUCGGCCCAAUCAUCUGCGGCCCAGAUCCUGAUGCUCAACCCGAAAAGAAAGUGAUAGACCACAUGUAUGAUUACCGUUGCCGUACCAAGGCUUGUAAAACCCGAGCCAUGCGUCUCAUGCUGUACCUCUUGCUUCACAAUCCGAAAAUACUGUACUCCCCUAAUGGUACUGCGGCUGAUACAAUCAUCGAAAAGGCAAACAGAACAUUUUCAGACAUAGAAAAACUGAUACAUCUAGCCGAGCAAUGGUUGAACACGUCGAAAAGGAUUCGCGGCGUGUUACGGCAAAAUAACUCGCAGUACUACCUAGGACUUAUGUUGAACAACCAACAUAAAUGUCUUCAACGAUAUGACAACAAGGCUUACAACCUUACAGGGCAUAAACCUAGUGACAACUUCAGACAGUACAAAGGACUUGAUGAGCUGUUAACCCGCAGUUGCGAUAACACAAACCCAUUGAUCACUCAACUCGACGCUAUUGACAGUGUGGCUCGCCUGUGGUUGGAAAUGGCUUCACAUCUCAACCUUAACAUCUUCAAAGGUUUCAAAGAUGAGAGAUCUCUGCUGAAUUUUGCCCUAAAUAUUAAUAACUCCAAGAAUGGAGACACUUCUAAAGUCGUUGCAGGGAUCGUGUUCCUGAACAUAAAGGUGAAUUCCAGCCUGCCUCCUCACGUUAAAUACAAAAUUCGGAUGAAUGCUUCAUAUUUCACGCCCGCGACCGACAGCAUCCGUGAUCGCUACUGGAUGCCGGGGCCUCAGAGCUGGAAACAGCGUUACUAUGACUUGGGAUUUACCUGGCUUCAGGACCAGAUUGAGAGGGCUAUUAUUGAUCUGCAUGCCGGGCGAGAAGUUGUCAAACCGGCUGUCUACCUGCACGAGAUGCCGUAUCCUUGCUAUGUUAAAGACAAUUUUAUGUUCAUCAUCGAGCACAUGAUGCCUCUGUGUAUGACAGUGUCGUGGAUUUACACCGUAGCUCUGGCUGUACAAGCCAUUGUGUACGAGAAAGAACAGCGCCUGAAGGAGGUGAUGAAGAUGAUGGGUCUGUCUAAUGCUGUGCAUUGGGUGGCCUGGUUUAUCACCUCACUCUGUGUCAUGUCCAUCACUGUCUCUCUUCUGGUAAUAAUUCUCAAGUAUGGCAAGGUUUUGUACUACAGCGAUCCUGUUAUUAUCUGGUUGUUUCUCAUGACGUUUGCAGUGGUGACCAUUAUAUUCUGCUUUCUCAUCUCCGUGUUUUUUUCCAAAGCAAAGCUAGCGUCUGCUUGCGGCGGGAUAAUAUAUUUCUUGACCUAUCUUCCUUAUGUGUUUAUCUCCAUCCGAGAGGAGGCUGGUUUUGUGAACGUGUCCGGCAAAGAGAAAAUGGCCGCUAGUUUGCUCUCCACCUCAGCUUUCGGACUGGGAGCGAGGUACUUUGCCAUAUACGAAGAGGAAGGAGUCGGAGUGCAGUGGUCCAAUCUAGGAAAGAGUCCCAUCAAAGGAGAUGAUUUCAACCUGCUGACAGUUUUGAACUGCAUGUUGAUGGACGCUGUGAUAUAUGCCAUAAUGGUGUGGUAUAUAGAGGCUGUUCACCCAGGCUCGUACGGCCUUCCACGGCCCUGGUACUUUGUCUGUCAGCCUUCUUACUGGUUUGGUCACAACACGCAGGCUUGUCCUAAGAUGAGCCGUCAAACAUUUCAAAUGAUGACAGCGGAUGAGCUGGAGGAUGCACCUCAGGCGGAUGGAUUGUUGGCAUACGAGAGAGAACCUAUUCACCUGUCACUGGGUGUCACAAUAGAAAACCUUGUUAAGGUUUACAAAGAGGGAAAAAAACUGGCGGUUGACGGACUAACAUUGAAUCUUUACGAAGGACAAAUUACUUCUUUCCUCGGCCACAAUGGAGCAGGGAAAACGACGACCAUGUCAAUCUUGACAGGUUUGUUCCCGCCUACUGCUGGCACUGCCUACGUCUAUGGCUGUGACAUCAGAAAUGACAUGGAUAAGAUCCGGCGGAGCCUGGGAAUGUGUCCGCAGCACAAUGUUUUGUUUGACAGGAUGACAGUGGAUGAGCAUUUGUGGUUCUAUGCAAGACUUAAAGGAAUGCCAGAGCAAGAUGUCCAACGAGAGAUGGAUCAGCUUGUUAUGGACGUUGGACUGCCCACUAAACGCCACUGCGCCGUGGAGACCCUGAGUGGAGGCAUGAAGAGAAAGCUCUCCGUGGCCAUGGCCUUUGCAGCAGGGUCAAGAACUAUUAUCUUAGAUGAGCCCACUGCUGGUGUGGAUCCUUACGCUAGGAGGGCCAUAUGGGACCUUUUAAUUAAGUACAAGAAAGGUCGAACUAUCUUACUGUCCACGCACUUUAUGGACGAGGCAGACUUGUUAGGAGAUCGCAUCGCUAUCAUUUCCAACGGGAAGCUCCGCUGUGUAGGCUCACCGCUUUUCUUGAAGAGUCACUUUGGAGAUGGUUACCAUCUUACUCUGGUUAAGAAGCGUGACAGAACUCCCCAGGGGUCGAUAGUGAAUAUUCACAUGACACCCUCGGAAUCCAGCAAUGAACUGGAAACGAGCGAAACAAGAUCAAGUAAUAGUACUCUUCAUUCUGAUCAUUUGAGCAGUAGUGAAGACCAGGUGAAGAAGCUGACAAACUUCAUCAAGUCUCACGUGCCAGCAGCCAGGCUAGAACAGAACACUCAACAGGAACUCACCUUUAUCCUUCCUGACAACUCCGUCAAACGAGGAGGAUUUGAAAUUUUAUUCAGUGACUUGGAGAAGAAACAAUCUGAGCUGGGGGUUGAUAGUUUUGGACUGACUGACACUGCGCUUGAGGAGGUUUUCUUGAAGGUAACCGACAUUUCAUCGCGAGAUGAAUCAGAAGAACUCAAUUCUUCAAACCUUGAAAACUCCUCAAACCAUGCUGAGUCUUCUAGCACUAUGCUCAGCGGCGAACCCUCGAGACUAGGGGACGAGUGGGAAGAAGAUUUACUGAGGGAAGGAGAGAUUGAACUCGGCGACUUUUCAGGAGUUCGGUAUAAUGCGAGAGAACAACUGUUAAGCCCAGAGAUUCAAGAAGAGGCCGGCUAUCAAUAUCCUGAUCACACGCCGUUGAACGCAGCAUUCCAAGGUAUUGGUUCUCGUACACUCACUGGUGCUCCCCUAAAACUGCAGCAGUUCUACGCGCUGUUAAUAAAACGUUUCCACCAUGCUCGUCGAAACUUCAAAGGAGUCAUCUCUCAAAUCCUUUUACCUGCCAUUUUUAUCACCAUUGCUAUGGUGAUGGCUCUUUCGUUUCCCAAGUCCCCGGAUCAGCCUCCAUUGGAAUUAACUCCGUCCAUGUUCCCGCGGCCAAACUACAUCCCGUUUGCGAAUGAGGCUAAGGGAGUGAACCGCUUGGCGUCGCGACUGGACAAAACAUUGACUCUCCUCUCUGGGGUGGGAGCGACUUGUUGUCUGCAUUCGAUCAACCUGACGACCACAAACAUUAAACCUUCUAAGGAGAGUUUAGCCCAUUUGUUCAAUCAUUCGUGUUCGGUCUCGAUAAACAAAGUUUCUCAGGAUUAUUUCAAACCGUCCAACCUUAACUUGGAGUACAUUUACACAAACGGGUCCAAUGUGUCCCAUGCAGUGACCCACAAGGACACGGGUAGGGGAUGCCGGUGUUCCCCUAACAGGACGGCGUAUGUGUGUGACCGAGGAGCGGCCGGGCGGUAUCCUAAGGAACUGAUCACCAUUACAUUGGAUACAUUACAGAACAUUACGGGAAGAAAUAUUUCAAAAUACCUACUGUAUACUACGGAGACAUUUAGGCUCCACAGGUAUGGUGCUCUGUCCUUCGGUGAAGUUGUUAGUUUCGUUCCUCAGAAGUUGGACAAAGUUAAAAUGGCCUCUGUUAGACGAUUAGCUGUUAGAGAGGCUGUCAAGGCGUGGUACAAUAACAAGGGCUACCAUGCUAUGCCAACCUACUUGAAUGUUAUGAACAACGCCAUUCUACGGGCUUCUUUGGCAAAGGAGAAAGGAAAUCCCGCAGCAUAUGGUAUCACAGUGAUUAAUCAUCCCUUCAAUAAAACUGACUCCAAUCAGCUGUCGGCUAGAUACAUGCGUCAGGGUACAGACCUAGUGAUUGCGAUCUUUGUGAUAAUCGCCAUGUCGUUUGUACCGGCGAGUUUUGUCGUUUUUCUUGUAACCGAGAGAGCCUCCAAAGCUAAGCAUCUGCAGUUUGUAAGCGGCGUCGAUCCCGUCAUUUACUGGCUUUCUAACUACGUUUGGGACUUGUGUAACUACCUAAUCCCAGCGUGUGCCUGUAUCACUCUGCUGCAUGUGUUUAAAGUACCUGCCUACUCUUCGGAUACAAAUUUCCCGGCCGUUGUCUGCCUAUUCCUGCUUUACGGAUGGUCCAUCACUCCCAUCAUGUAUCCAGGAGCGUUCUAUUUCAGCGAAGCCAGCUCAGCGUACGUGUUUAUGAUAGUGGUUAACCUCUUUGUCGGAGUCACUGCCACCGUCACUACAUUUAUUCUGCAGCUUUUCCCGGAUGAUGUGGUGUUAACCAAAAUUUACGAAGCCUUGAGAAUUAUAAAUCUUGGAUUUCCUAACUAUUGCUUGGGACAUGGGCUUAUGGACCUCGCCUACAACCAGUAUUUGACAGAGUACUACACACAGAUAGGUGAAUACGAUAAGAUUCGGGAUCCCUUUGAAUGGCUCCUCACCACGCGUAAUCUGGCAUGCAUGGCUGUGGAAGGAAUAGUGUUUUUUAUUUUCACCGUGCUGAUAGAAUUCAGAUUCUUUGUGAAACGAAGACGAACGAACGUGUCCAAGGAGCCAGUGGAAGGCCUGGACGAGGACGUAGCAGCUGAGAAAGAAAGGGUUUUGAGUGGCGGUGCCAGUAGGGACCUUGUAAGGAUAGAAAACAUAACAAAGAUUUACUUUUCUAGAAAGCGUGGUAAACAUCUGGCUGUGGAUAGGCUCUGUUUAGGGGUACCUAAGGGAGAGUGUUUUGGUUUGCUCGGUGUUAAUGGAGCCGGAAAAACGAGUACAUUUAAGAUGUUAACCGGAGACACCUCCAUGACUUCAGGGAAUGCCUACAUUAACUCACACAGUAUUGUAUCUGAGAUGCAGAAAGUCCAUAACUGCAUGGGAUAUUGUCCUCAGUUCGACGCUCUCAUUGAUGAACUGACAGCGAAUGAACAACUGACGCUCUACGCACGGCUUAGAGGAGUUCCUGGAAACCAGUUGCAGUCAGUUGUAUCUUGGGCGCUUAAGAAGCUUUCACUGUCACGCUUUGCUAACAAACCCAGCAAAACGUACAGCGGAGGAAACAAAAGGAAACUUUCUACCGCCAUGGCUCUGAUUGGCAACCCGCCAAUAAUCUUCUUGGAUGAGCCCACCACGGGAAUGGAUCCACAUGCUCGGCGCUUUCUGUGGAAUUUGAUUCUGGACAUCAUUAAGGACGGCCGCUCAGUUAUCUUGACUUCACACAGUAUGGAGGAAUGUGAAGCACUGUGCACUCGCUUGGCCAUCAUGGUCAAUGGCCGCUUCAAGUGCCUUGGAAGCUGUCAACACCUGAAAAACAGGUUUGGGGAUGGUUACAUCAUCACGGUCCGUGUUCAGGGAGACCAACCCAAUUUGGAGCCUCUGUACCAGUUUUUCUCGGAAAAGUUCCCUCGUGCAACGUUGAAGGAACAUCAUCAUAACAUGGUUCAGUACCAACUCCCCUCGGGUGUCAUGGCACUCUCCGAGGUGUUUGGUCACAUCGAGUCGUCUUAUGAAGAGUUGACAAUCGAGGACUAUUCCGUCAGUCAGACAACGCUAGAUAACGUUUUUAUCAACUUUGCCCGUCAACAAACGGACGAAAUUGAUUACGACGACAAAUCGUUGUCGAUUGGAAGGACAGGGUCGAGAUUCAGAGUGCGUAGGCGCGCUGAGAGAUUGCGAGACAUUUGGUCUGACGAGGUGCGGUUCAGUGCUUUGGAAGAGGAAGAUGGUGAGCCUGGGGCAUAUGAUAAUGAUGAUGACGCUUGGGAAGUAACCUUUCCUGACCAGGCACGCCUUUCUUUUGGCACCUCCGCGAAUUUUUGAAGCUACAAACACUUCAAGUCUUAAGUGAUGAGCGAGGCUUGGUGAUUUCACAUUGUUUCAAGUUCCAAAAUAUUAUACGUACGAUUUGUUAGCGGUUCAUUGUUUUUCGAAUUUGUUGAUGAUGUUCAUGACUGCUAUCGCCCGACUUCCUUCACGGUCGGGAAAACAGGCGAAAAAUAUUUAACUGCCCUAUGAAUAUUAUUAUUUACCAUUUAUUUAUGUAUCUAAUAUAGGGUCUUGAUGUCGUUCAAAGUUGUAGAAUGAAAACAAAUUUGGGUAAUAUUGCUACACCCACUCGUUUGUCUUCCAGUACCCCAACGGGAAUUUGUAUAUUUGUAUCUAAGCGAAAUUGUAAUUUUAUCACGGUGAAUUUGCUAAAAGAGAAGAAAGAAAAAAUGGCCUUUAUCGAGAUUUUAUACAGUCCCAUAUAUAUAUAUAUAUAUAUCUUAUUAACCAAGCGCGAGGGCUGUACUGGGAGAAUAUCGGCCCGAGG